AUGGAAGAUCUAAAUGGCCUGAGUUGGUCCUCCGACUCCAAGAAUCAGAGCAAGCCUCCACCGAUGAGCUCUGGGUACCUAUAUCCCAGUAUGCCAUUCAAUAGCGGCUCCGGCAGGUCUACCCCAUUAUCCGCGACAUCGAACCGAUCAAGCUCGCCCUCGAAGCCCGCCACAUCUACUGGAGACAGCUUUGCAAACCUAGUUUCAUUCAAUUCUUCAGCUGGAAACAAGAACCUCUCUCUCAUGGAACAGCAGAAGCGCUUGCAGGAAGAAAAUGCUAAGAAGGAAGCCGACAACCGUCGUCGAUUCGAAUCGCAAUACGGUGGCCAGAACAACCAAUUUUGGGACAAUCUGGAGGGACGUACACAGAGCCCCGCAUCUAUACCUACUUCACGGUCUGCACCGCCACCCCCGGAGGACGAAGAUGAUAUUCUCGCCGCCUUCAAUGCCGCUGCGCCAGUGGACGCAUCGACUCAUUUCCCAGUCCCUAGCUCUUCGAGAUCCUCGCCUCAGAUUGACAUGAAUGGUCGCCCCAAACCAUCCAACGGGGGAAUUGCCAUGCAGGAUAAUACAGGGAGCAUAGACGCUUUUGAUGACGAUGACCCAUUUGGCCUCAACCAAUUGAAGCCGAAGUCCGCUCCGGCUCCCCAGCCCGAACAAGGGGACGAUGAUGAUUUCCUAGGUCUGCUCGGGAAGCCGGUAUCGGAUAUCCCUCGCCAGCAGCCACCUUCCACAUCUGCCACGCCCUCAGAUCGUGGCCGAGAACAAGGUGCAUCGCCUAUGCCUUCCAAUGAAGUCGAUCGAGCUAUUGCAGAGUUGAUUGAUAUGGGAUUCCCCGCGGAUAAAUCUCGACGGGCCCUAAACACCACGGAGUCUGGGACCGAUGUGCAGGCUGCUGUUAGCUGGCUUCUUACCCAAGCCCAUGCCGAGGCUAAGCAGAAGACUGGGGGACAGACUGGUGCUCCUCCUACCGAUCGUGCCGGAAGGAGCGACAGCCAUAAUCGCGAUCGACCUUCCUGGAUGAGAGAAGAAAUGCCAGAAUCUCGAUCACGACAGGACAGGCGGAGCCCAGCAUCAGCAGACAAAGAUCCUGCACAAAUAGCUUCUCAGUUCGGUAAUAACUUGUUGAAAUCCGCCGGCUCACUCUGGAAGACCGGCAGCAAGAAAUUCCAACAAGCGGUUCAUGAGUUCAGCGCCGAACAUGACCCUAGUCAGCCGCGUUGGAUGAGAGAUGCAUCCGCUCCACACGACGAACCACCUUUACAGCCGCGACGCCCAGGUCGUGAACAGCCGGCUCAGUCCCAGGCCGAGCAGGACUUCACCAAUGAAGCGCUUCUUCUUGAGUCUGGCGAUGGGCGGCCUCAAAAGCCUCCUCGUUCCCGUGAUAUCCACCGACCCGACCCGAGAAGCCAGUCUCCUCGCAAUCAACUGUCUCCUGAUGCUUCUCAGCCAAGGCAGCAACCCAACUUCCUCCAGCGUCCAUCCCGACCAACUUCCCAAGAUCCCAAACCUCGGCUUUCACGGUUUGCUGCUGAAGAGCAGUCCGCGCAAGCCUAUGUUAGUCCUGCUAGGCGCAAGCGACCCCAGGCACCCCCACCACCCCCCGAGCCUGAAGUCGACCUCUUUAGUUCUCCUGCACCUUCGGCCAGUCGUCCCCAGCCUUCUGGCCCAGCUCGGAAUGCCACGCCUCCUACACGCUCCGCCUCUAUUCCCGUACGUCCCAAAGCUCCGACACGAUCCAUUCCGCCUGUAUCUCAAGAAGCGCUUCAAUCGACACACCGCCACCGCGGAAAAGCCGCAGACUCAUACAAGAGAGGCGACUACGCUGAAGCUCAUCAGAGUUUCUCUACAGCCUUGGGCAUGCUCCCUGACAAGCAUCCUAUUACAAUUAUCAUCCGCAGCAACCGCGCCAUGACAGCCCUAAAGAUUGGCGAACCCAAGUCCGCCAUCGAUGACGCCGACAUCAUCUUGACAUUCAUUGGCCCAUCCAAGGGUGAAGCCGAGGUAAUCGAUCUAUGCACAGGCGAACCGCCUAAGCCCAUGAGAGACUUCUUCGGCAAGGCCUUAAUGCGCAAAGCCGAAGCACUAGAGCAACUUGAGCGCUGGGGUGAUGCCGCGCAGGCAUGGAAGCUAGCUGUGGAGUCUGGGCACGGUGGAAGCACGAGCAUCCAAGGCCGAAACCGUUGCGAGAAAGCAGCUGGUAUUAGCAAGCCCCAGUCCAAACCUGCCACCCCCGCUACGAAAAGACCUUCCCCCGCACCCAAGAAGCCUUCGGCUAGGUCCGGUCUCACAGCAACCUCGGCAUCUGGUACAGACUUUGCAGCAGUCAGUCGUCUACGCCAAGCUAACGAGGCGGCUGAACGUGCCGACGAGGAAAAGUUCGCCCUUUCUGAAAGUGUCGAUGCAAGAAUUGCCACCUGGAGGAGUGGCAAACAAGACAACCUGCGUGCGCUACUGGGUAGUCUAGACUCCGUGCUGUGGCCCGAGUCUGGGUGGAAGAAGAUUGGUCUUGCGGAGUUGGUCUUGCCGAAUAAGGUCAAGAUCCAGUACAUGAAGGGUAUUUCCAAGGUGCACCCUGAUAAGAUUCCUACCACUGCUACUACUGAGCAGCGUAUGAUUGCUGGAUCUGUCUUUGGAACUCUGAAUGAGGCGUGGGAUAAGUUCCGAGCUGAAAACAAUCUCUGA